AUGGUUUUGAUGGCGAGUGCUAAUUCUGCAAACCCAUACGAUGAUUAUCGGUCUCCAGAGGUUGAGCAAGACCUCAUCGAUUCAAAUAAUGAGGGUGGACAAGACAUCACUAAUACACACGCAGCAGACGAUGGCAAUCUCGAUCGACAGGUGCAGUCCGACUCGGAUCGUGCCCCACUGACCGGUAACAUACAAUCCACCUCACGCAAUCCUUUACCUCAAUCAUACCUCAAUUCGUCAAUACCAGGCGAAGACCGUCGCGCCGCUGCAAAUACAAUCGAUGAAUCAGUAUGGGAAACAUUGUCGCGUGAUCUCAUAGCUGUCUGGGAGAAAAUGCGGCAGGUACUGUGGCCUAAGUACCUGCUCGGCGGGAUACUUCAGCGAGGAGGUGGGAUUGGAGCUGCAGAAAGAGGCGAGGGCGACGGGCUUGCUGGAAGCUUGAGGGGCGUGGCUGGUCGAUGGCCAGAUGCGGAUAUUGUACUUCAGGGUGGCAUGAGUGAGGGCUUACGAGAUUGGGACCUAUGGUACUUUGGCAAAGCAUUCCUAGAGCUUCACCCUUCAUUGACAUCUGACUAG